UUUUUAAAGUGAGUUUUAGUGUAACUGUUAGUUUUUACUACAAAAUAAAACACCAACACAUUAAAUUAUUUAACUGUUACAGAUCAUACAUGUGAUUACCUUAACUACUUUAUGUUCUGGAGCUCCACCCUCACACCCACAAGCAAAAUCUAAUGAAGCUACUUAUUCACAUAGUUUUGUAAGGGAAGAUGUCCCUUUAUCUUAUAAGUACAGUGCGACACAUCAUUACACUCCAAAGAGGGCAGAAGACACUCUUAAAAUACAAGAGGAUACUCUAAAGAGGAAUGAAGACUUUCCAAAGAGACAAGAGGUAUCAUAUCACGUUCAUUCAGCGAAUAACUCACCAUUCAAGCCGUUGAGUAACAGAACAAUCCAAUUCGCUCCAGUUAACCAUCCAAUUCUUCAAUCUUCAAAUUCAGGAGAAAACACGUAUCCGUCAACGCCCGUCUUGUAUACUUCAAUUAUUUCUAACCCAGUUACUGAAUACGGAAAAAUUGAACUUACUGAAAAUUCAGGUGAAUCAACCUUGCAUCUGGAACCAAGACGUAUUCCCAACAAGGUGAAGAACAUUAGUCCUAGUACCUAUAAGCCCCAUAUAAACCAUGAUGUUAAAAUGUUGCAUUCCCAUCAUUCGCAUCUCCGACCAAAGGUCUACAAGACUUUGCACACACAACCGCUGGCAACAACGGCAGCAACACCAACAUUUGAAAUGGCUGACUUGCACCAUUUGGCAAUUUUCCAUCAACUUCAGCGGCAACUGGAUGAGCAGUCUAAGUACAUCGCCCCAACAACUACUACUGAGAAUCCAAAACUUUCUCAUGUGCUUAAUCUUGGCGUCAGAAUUCUACCAAAACAGGGGAUCCCCUUCGUCACAAAUCCGCACGAGCUGAGUAGAAAUACGCCAUUCCAACCAAUUCCUCGAAUAGCUUAUCAUAACAAGUUUAAUGUCGUGUCGGAGAAGAUGGGAAGACCCCAAGCGCACACACGCUACCACUUGAAUAAUCCGAAUAAGCAUUUAAGGUUCAAACCAAAUGUACAGUAUAACAUAAGUAAUUAAGUUUAUACAUAAGAUAUUUAUGUUGAAUUAUUUAAUUUAUUAUUAAGUAUGUUUACGUUAUUAGUGACUUAGUUAUUUAAAUUUAAGGAAAAUAUUUUUUUAUUAUAAUAAAGUUAACUACAACCUUAAAUAUUAUAUUGAACCAAA